AUGGUCUACAAUGAUCCUUUAGCUAUUUGCCCACCAGGUGCACAAUUACAAGCAGAAGAUCAGACAACUCUAAAUGCUGCUGUUAAGUUACUCCCUCAGUUGAGAACUAAAGUUAUACCGUAUCCUCAUAAUUAUUUCAAAGGUCAAGGUAUUGUUCUAACAACAGGAGUGAAUCAACUGCUACAUACUAGAUUGAACUUGCGUAUCAUUGAAUGGUCACAAACAAAAUUACCGGUUGAACUGUGGUAUUCAUCUGUACAGAUCAUAUUGUCUGAUCUUUGGAAAACAGAUAAAGAUUUUUUAAAUAAAAGUAUUGAUAAUGAUGUAUCAAAAACAUUAAAAGAAUUUCGUUUGAGUGAUGUUGCACGUUAUUAUCAUUCUCCAUAUAGAACAAGUGGUACUUUAUCGAUUUUAAAUCAAACCAUUGAUGAAUUAAUUCAAAUACAUGAUUUUAUUCAAAUACAUGAUUUUAUUGAUUCAAAAAGAAAAGAAUGGCUUGAACAAUUUAAAAAAUUAUUGAACAAGCUUGAGAUAAACAAAUUUCAAACACGAUCUGAUCGUUUAACAUUAGCAAAUUUUGAUGAACGUUUACGUGAAUUAGAAGAUAUUCGUCGUGAAUGUGAACAAUCUCGAACAUUAUCACAAAAUCAAUUUUAUAAUAAUAUAUCUCGAUAUUUAUCAUCAAAAAUGCCUGAAAUUGAACAAAGAUUAGAAAAUGAUGAUUUAAUUCCAUUAUUUGGUUAUGAUCUUAUAAAACAUUGUUUAAAAAGAAAAGAUACAUUAAUUGCUUAUCCAAUUGAAAUAUGUAUUCAUCUAUUAGAAAAUAGUUUAAAUGAAGAAGAUCUUUUUCGUAUUGCACCAUGA